UAAAAGGAAGCAAAAAAUUAUAUACACAGAAAAGUUUACAUCACCACCAUCACCACCACCAUCACCACCACCAUCACCACCACCACCACCACCACCACCAUCAGUCAACUCCAGUGGCGGUGUUGAGAAUGCCUGGCAGUGGUACUAGAAACAGUAGUAGUAGUAGUAGUAGUAGUAGUAGUAGUAGUAGUAGUAGUAGUGAUGGUAGUAGUAGUAGUAGUAGUGGUAGUAGUAGUAGUGUGUCCCUAGUCUUCACUAUUAUGAUUGUAGUAGUAGCCGUGGUGUUGAAUGGGGAGGUGACAGCUCUCAACACCAAUCCUCAACACCACUCACCACCACCACCACCACCACGGGAUCUCACUACCUCUCAACACCACCGGUCACCUCCGCGGUCUCUCUCUCGCUCUCAACACCGAUCAUCACCACUUCGAAAUCCACUUCAACACCACUCAUCACCAGCUGUAACUCCCCUUCAACACCAGUCAUCACCAGCUGUAACUCCCCUUCAACACCACCACCAGUCACUACCUCGAUCUCGAACUCCCCAUCAACACCAUUUAUCACCACCUCGAACUCCCCUUCAACACCAGUCAUCACCACCUAUCAUCACCGCUCAACACCACCACCACCACCACCACCCCGGCCUCAAGAAGUUCCCUCACCUCCCAGUCUUCGGCAUCACGAACGGAACGGACGAGAUCGUAACGGACGCGACGGACGGCUUCAUCUACUGCUUCGCCAACGUCCGCUUCCCGCUAAGAGUCGUGUGGACGGACCAGUACGGACGCCCUGUACCCUCGGCCACGGACGGACGGGCUACGGACGGAUUAACGGACGGGGAAACGGACGGGUCAGCCAGACAGGGUAAGAAAAAUGGGCUCACGGACAGAUACGGACGUCGGGUUAGCAAGAAUUCACGGACAAGAGCUUACAAGAGAAAUACGGACGGAAAAACGGACGGAAUAACGGACGCGGGCAUCAAUGAGGGUGAGAAUCUCGCAUCAACGGACAGAAACGGACGUCGGAUGCGGAUGAAUUCACGGACAAGGACUACCAAGAGAAAUACGGACGGAAAAACGGACGCAGACAUCAGUAAGGGUGAGAAUCUUGCACCAGCGGACAGAAACGGACGUCGGAUGAAGACAAAAUCACGUACACGGACCGCUAAGGGAGCCACGGACCGCACGGACAGAGGAACGGAUGGCAGUAUAAGAAACACGGACAGAGAGGCUGACGGACGUGAUAAGGAGAGCGGAUACGGACGCCACCUGACUUGGACCACGGACGGAAGGGCUGCGGAUGGUGUAGCGGACGGAACGGACGGAGAUAACGUACGAAUGGAUGAAAUGGCUAUUGAGAACGCUUACGGACGUCGAUCUGGUAGGCGCUAUGCGGACAGGAGGCGAAGAUCACGGACAAGAACACGGACACGGACACGGACAGCGGGCAGAGACGCUGGUGGGUCAAAAACGGACGGAAAUCUUGCCUCUAACGGACGAAAACGGACACCUAAGGACCGAAGAAGGCCUAGAACGGACGCCACGGACGCAACGGACAAAGCUGAUAUGUCAAAAACGGACGGAAAUCUUGCCUCUAACGGACGAAAACGGACUCAGAGGACAAGAAAACGGACACCCAAGGACAGAAAAAGGCCUAGCACGGACGCCACGUACGCAACGGACAAAGCUGAUAUGUCAAAAACGGACGGAGAUCUUGCCCCUAACGGACGAAAACGGACUCAAAACACAAGAAAACGGACAUCCAGGAACAGAGGAAGGCCUAGAACGGACGCUACGGACGCUACGGACAAGGACGCUAGGAUCUUCGCUAUAGGAGGUUCCGAUCCCUUCCCAUACUCGUUCCUCGCUUUCAAGGACUUCAAACAGGUCCUUUCAGGGUCCUACAAGUGCUCGCUUCUAUACGGUCACACCAUCCUGGACUCACGGACCGUAACCCUCCACUAUUUCGCCCCUUCCUACCGCAUAGUGCCACUCCCGAGGUGCCUGAGGGUGCCAAAGGGAGGGUCGGUCUUCGUGCCAUCUCCUGUCGAAGGCACCAAAUCGCAAAGGAUCUCCAAGUGGUCUCUUUUGGAAGGCGAAGUUGGCGAUGUCGGAGUGAGGAAGUUGCGGAGUGGAGGGAUGUUUCUCCGUGGACUGAGUGGUCCGAUGGCAUGGAGGUCCCAGGUGCCCAUCGGAGGUGGUUUGACCUUCGUACAAGACGUGUAUGUGACAGUGGAAGAAGGUGCUCAAGUUUUCACCACCACGCCCGCGGCCGCCCAGCUGUGCCCCGCGCCCACCCACGCCCACAGUGAAGGUCCAGCCCCCCCUCCCACGCCCACAGCAAGCCCAUACGCCCACGCUGUUGUAGUAGCUAACGGGCUGGUCGCAAGUAUACAGAGAAAUGAAAUGCGUAGAAAGCUGGAAGGGGACGAGUGAGAGAGAGAGAGAGAGAGAGAGAGAGAGAGAGAGAGAGAGAGAGAGAGAGAGAGAGAGAGAGAGAGAGAGAGAGAGAGAGAGAGAGAGAGAACGAAAGAAAAAUAUCUCACUUUCUCUCUCUAAGUGAAAGAUAGAAAAAUGAAGGAAUAAGGAGAGAGAGAGAGAGAGAGAGAGAGAGAGAGAGAGAGAGAGAGAGAGAGAGAGAGAGAGAGAGAGAGAAUGUCCCAGUCAUUAGCUAUCAAUGGCGUAAUGGUUAGCGCGCAUAGACAUCGGUUUCGCUGGGCCAAGGUUCGGUUCCCGCUCGGCAGUCGGCGCACCACCCAGCCAGCCUCUAAUCCACCCUUUAAGACAAGGUGACGGAGUUGUGCACUGAGGACGCGCGCAUG